AUGUUCAGCAAGCACAUGCCGGAUGUCUUCGCACGAGUGGUCACAGAGAUCGCCGGUGCCCCCUUCGUCAACCGUCUUGCCGCAGCUGCUGCGAAGAAACGAGCGGCAUCAGGCGAGGCCGAUGGCACGGGCGGAGCCACGUCGUCAGCCGUGGACGUGAACGACUUGCUGACCCCUGAGGCAAAGAAGAAGCAGAGACGUGCCACAGCCAAAGCCAAGACUCGCGCAGCCGCCGCAGCGACAUCCGCCAUGGAGGCGCAGCAGGAAGCGGGCACUUUGCAGGAUGAUGUUGCUAUGGUGAUGAGUGUUGACGACGGUGAGCAGGACACCGAUGUCCCCAGCCGAAAGCGUUGGUGGAUCGAUGAUGUGUUCGCUUGCAUGGUGCACGCUGCUGGAGGCAUGCCCGAGCUGUUGAACCCUGCCCUGGCUGACGUGGUCGCCAUGUGCCUGUUCUAUGCUCUCGAGCUCGCAUUCUUCAAGAAGGUGAAGAUCAAUUUCCAGGUGCGAGCAGCCUUGCAAGAUGUGAUCAGAAAGGCUGUGCAGAAACUCAAGGCAGCUGUGCCAGCGGGACAGACGGAAGACAUCGUGGCUUUCCUGACCAGUGAGCUGGGACAGGCUGAUGCUGCAACCAAGAAGACUUCCCCUGGAAGCAAGUCUGUUAACCUGUGGCUCACUGCCGAGUCGGCAGAGGCUGUCAAACGUUGGGCAAAGAUCAACAACGACACGAAUGUGGUACAUCAGCCUGCCUACGCCGCAUCCAUGCAGAUGGUCGCCAAGAGAUUGCAGUUAGACCGCUCGCCAGAGGAGAAGGUGGCCUAUUCCAUCAGCCUGUCCGAUUGCCUUUGGACGUUUGCAGAGGCAAUCUACGAACAUGUGCCGGCAGCUGUGCCCAGCUUGGCUGUGGCGGUCGUUGCCAAGAUCGGCUCGGAAGUAAACCCGGGGUGCGGGGACAUGAAGGAUGUUUUGCCGCAGUUUUGCCACUUCCUUUGCUUUGACAAGCAUGACUCCUACACAACGGAUGUUUCUCCAGCUGCAAUGUUUAGUUCCGGCUGA